AUGAAGGUCGGAGAGAUGGACGACCAGGCCAUUGCGAAAGCAAUAACGGAUUUCUGCGAGCGCCCGAAGCCAGCUAGGUCAAGUGGGAUAGCUCAAGUAUCUAGCCUAACGAAGCGGCUUGAUCAAGGCAAGGCACUAGAAAAAGAAGUGGCAGAAAAUCCUCUGCCUACUGAAGAGCCAAAGCCCGCGAAGGAGUUGAAACCCCUUCCAGCACAUCUUAAGUACGCCUACCUGGGGGAGGAAGAAACAAUGCCCGUUAUCAUCAACAGUCAGUUGACUCAGGGGCAGAAAGACAGAUUGCUGGAAGUGUUGAGAAAGAAUCAGAAGGCUAUCGGCUGGAAGCUGACAGAUUUGGUGGGCAUCAGCCCAGACUUGUGUAUGCACCACAUCCAACUGGAAGAAGGAGCCAAGCCACACCGCAACCAACAACGGAAACUCAACCCCAACAUGAUGGAAGAAGUGCUCAAGGAAAUUGUCAAGUUGGUAUCGAUCGGAAUUAUCUACUUCAUUCCAGAUAGUAACUGGGGAAGUAGUACUUCAGCUUUUUUGGAAGGUUAUAGUGGCUACUUCCAGAUCAUUGUAAAUCCAGAUGACCAAGAGAAGACGACGUUUACCUGCCCCUUUGGCACUUACUCUUAUAGGAGGACGUCGUUUAGCCUCUGCAAUGCCACGGGCACUUUCCAAAGAUGCAUGAUGAGUAUCUUCUCUGACCUGUUGGAAGACUGCAUUAAGAUCUUCAUGGAUGACUUUACUGUCUAUGGGGACGACUUUGAUCAAGGGCUGCGUAGCCUGAACAGGGUAUUGGAAAGAUGUCGCCAGAAGGACUUGGUACUGAAUUUCGAGAAAUGCCAUUUUAUGGUUACUGAAUGA